AUGGGCAACGCAAUUUUGUCGAGAGCUCAUAAUGGGCAUGUUAAGAUCAUGAAAUUAGACGGACACGUGAUGAAGAUGAAGGUGCCUGUGACAUUAGAUGAAAUCCUCCAAGAUUAUCCAGGCUAUGUCAUUUUGCACUCCGAAGCACCAAAGGUGGACAAUCACCCACUAAGCGUCCGUUCUGGGAUAGCAAUGAACGCAAAGUCCAGGCUUGAAAGUAUGUUGUUAGGGCGCAGAUCCAUUUCUGAUAUUUCUCACAUGAAUUGUGAGCCAUCAUCUUCUGAGAUCUUGAGUGAACAUAAUGGAGGUGUGAGGGUUAAAGUGCGUAUGAGAAAGGCUGAGCUUAUUGAAAUGAUGGCAGAGAGCCAAGACAGUUCUCAGACCGCCGAAAGAAUCCUUGAGUCCUGCCUCAACUCUGUCAAAUCCCAGCAAAUGGAGAGCAGAAAUGUAAUGGAUGAUCAAGAGGAAAAGGAAGACAAUUUGGUAAAGCAGGUUAGAUUUCGUUCUGUGCACAAUCGAGAUGACUUUUAG